UAUAAACCAUUUGAAGUAUUUACGUGCAAAUUUAAAAAGUACGAUAGUAAUAAAUGGAUCUGAAAUCUCCAGAAGGUGUUGCACACACUGUUUCCACAAUUAACAUCCCUUCAUCGCCUUUUAUGGCGAAGCUUGGUUGUGGAACAGGUGUAUCAGUCUACAGAUAUAAACGGAGUCCGGAAAAAAAUGGCAAGUACAAUUCACCUUGGGCAAUUAAAAAAAGCAAUAUGAAAGCCAGUGAUAAUAUCAGAGAGAGGUUAGCUGUUGAAGCCAGUGUCUUGAAGCAGAUUGGAAAUCAUCCAUAUAUUGUAGGAUUCCGUGCUUUUACUGGUACAAAAAAAGGAGAACUCUGUCUAGCAAUGGAAGACUGUGAACGUUCCUUAAUGGAUAUGAUUGAAGAAAAAUCUUUCCUUGAAGAAACCUUUACAGCUAACCAGAUUCUGAAAGUUGCUUGGUGCAUUUCUAAUGCCUUGAAGUUUCUGCAUAAUUCGCAUAAACUUUUACAUGGUGAUAUAAAGAGUGCAAAUGUAUUAGUUCGUGGUGAUUUCGACCAAGUGAAGUUGUGUGAUUUUGGAGUUUCAUUGCGUUUGAAAGAAGAUCUCAGUGGCUUGAAAAACAAGGAUGAUAUUUACAUCGGGUCAGAACCGUGGAAACCCAAGGAAGCAUUCAAAUCUGAAGCAAUAACAGAUAAAUCAGAUAUUUAUCCAUUUGGUUUAUUACUAUGGGAAAUGUUGACACUAGCUAUUCCACAUGUAAAUUUGUUAGAUAUGUCAUCAUCGAUUGAUUCCUCUAUGUCAGAGUUGAUUGACACAAGUCAAUCGAUCAAUUCUUUUGUUGAAGAUAAUGAAGAAUACUUAAAUGCUCUUGGAACAAGACCAUCAAUUCCAAAUGACUUCAUAAUGAAAGAUGAAUUCAUGCCAGUUGUUGCUCUGUUCCACUGUUGUACUGAUGAAGAUCCAAAAAACAGGCCAAGUGCAGCAACUAUUGUUGCCUCACUUGAACCAAUCAUUAAAAAGAUGGGAAUAACUCCUUAGCAUGACUAAUAUGACCUGUAUAA